GAUUUUUGUUUGGAGUAACUGUCUGCUUUGGACACGUUUGGCACGUUUUCCUCACUGCCAUUUUGUGUUUGCUGCAAAAUUCUCUUUAAAGACACGCUUUUUACCUCAACGAGUGUCAUUUUCUUGGCGUAAAUCAAAUUUUCCAGAGCUUCUCGUCGUCCUCUUGAUCGCGUCACACACUUUCAGCGGGAACUUUGAAGCUGGUUUGGAACUCAGCUAACAGAAGUUAGCCUAAUCGUCUCUGAGUCGACAUGCCGUAUGAUGGUUAUUGCGCUGCAGUCGGCACCAGUAAGGGCCUUAAUGUGGGUCGAAGACCACCCUGUGUGUUGAUGGACAGCCAAUCGGAUCUUCCGGCUCAGCGCAGGGUGUGUGUUCUGAAAUGAGCAUGGUCUCUCAUCCGGUCCGACUGAAGUCUUCACGCGAUGACGUGGAUCGAAACCAGUCCUCCUUAAAUUCUGACACCGGAAACCUUUUGAUGCGCUCCCCCCGGGCUCUUAUCUCAGCCAGGAGCCUUGCCACCGGACCGGCUUGCGGUCCCGUCCGUUUAACUAUCCAGAAACUGCCGAUCUCCAGAGAAGGAAAGCCACGGCGAAAGCCUCGACACAAACCGGACAGCAGAGCCCCCCAUCGGACACCAAUGGACUCUCAGCCCGGUCACAACCUCCUGACAUCACACUUCCAGACAGGGGCUCGUGGCGUGGUGCUGGCAGCUCUCAAGCAGCACUCUCACGCCCACCAGAGGCGAGAGGUCAAAGUUCAACUUUUAGACCCUGCCCAGAGCAGCAGCAGCAGCUUCCACCAUGACGCACAGGGUGGGGCAGAAUGCUUGUCUGGUAGCCUAGGAGAUGCCAUCAAUAAACACUUGACUGCUGCAGCUCCACUGGUAAAGGCUCAGUCAAACAUGGAGGCUGGAGGGUCUCGGCAGGGUGACGACGUGGACAGGCAGGGCGGGGCCAGUAGGCGAAGCCAGGUGACACAGCAGCCCAUUGAGGCACUGCAUAGCCGCCAGCUGGAGCUUCAGAACCGACUUCUGGAGUCAGCUCUCAGCAUUGUCACACGCUACACCCCUGUGACUUCUACCACUUCUGACCCAGCAUGUCAACGAUUCACUAAUAUGGACUCUGCAGUAAACAUCAACUCAUCGACCAGAACCAUUGUGGAGACUGACCCAGUUACCAUGGCAACACACACAGACCAAACCAGGGAGGCCCACCAUCACAGAGACCCCCUCACUGUUUCUGUGGCAACCCAAGCUAAUGACAGCCAUGCAGCGAUGGAGGCGGGGCCGGCGCAGACUGAGGCCGUGCUUGUUCGAAGUGGGCCCGAGGUUACUUCUAUGUUUGACGAGGCCAGUCAGGUUCUUCGCCAGGUUCAACAACAGAAGAAAGUUCUUGAGGAGAAUCUAGAGACUGUGGAAAGAGUCCGGACUGCAGAGAUCCUGCACUCCCAGCUGGAGGCUCUGAUUGCUAACAGAGACGAAAGCGAGCAGGUUCGCAUCAAGAGGACAGUAGAUGCAUGGAUUCAUCUUAUCAGCCGAGACAUCCAGGCUAAGAUGGAAAGGGAAGCCUCCCAUCGCAGACGGGCAGACGCUUCAUCCUUUCGACUUUCACAGCAGCGGGUGGUGGGGAGCAGAGGCUCCGCCCACACAGGAAGGACAGUGAGCUUGCCACGGGGAACAACAAAUAAGAAGGUGGCAGGAAGUAAGGCAGUGGCAGGAGGAGGAUGCAGAGGCCAGACUGAUGGAAAGAGAGUGGUAUCUACUCUAUUUGCUGAUUGGACUGACGUGGCCACACCCAUGGUGACUCAUCAUUGUCCUUUGUUGCAGGCGGAGCCUGAUCCUGGUUUUGAGCGGCUGGACCACGAAUUGUAUCUUACUCGUCUGUAUGGUAGAGCACCACAAGACAACAUGAGACCAAGCCUCAGGAAGAGCCCGUACCCUCCGUUAAGCUCCCUGAACUCUCUAACCACCAGGAAACCCCGCCCCCAUUUGAUGGAGCCCGUCAGAGGACGUGGUCGUAUGAAACAGGAAGUGGAGCAGAUAUCCUCAGUCUCAGGUGUACAGGUGAAGGCCUGGAAUACUGAGACCAGUCUGGCUUUGCCCCUCAACUUAUCACCUGGACAACAUCUCCCCUCUCACCUGACCUCAUGUGGCCCUUCUGUGACCCCUGCUGAUACAGCCAUAGCUGUUCCACUGGGUCAUCCAAGGAUAGGCCCCUCCCCCAGGUGUCGACCGAAAGUGACCUCACCACCCGUCAUAUUUUCCUCCGUGGACAAGGCUGCACCUGAGCCCCCCAGGUAUCAACAGAAAGUGACCUCACCACCUGUCAUAUUCUCUGUGGACCACACUGUACCUGAGCCCCCCAGACGUCAACAGACAGUGACCUCACCACCGGUCAUAUUCUCCUCCGUGGACCACACUGCACCUGAGCCCCCCAGGUAUCAACAGACAGUGACCUCACCACCGGUCAUAUUCUCCUCCGUGGACCACACUGCACCUGAGCCACCCAGGUGUCAACAGACAGUGGCCUCACCACCUAUCAUAUUCUCUGUGGACCAUACUGCACCUGAGUCCCCCAUGUGUCAACAGAAAGUGACCUCACCACCUGUCAUAGUCUCCUCCAUGGAUCACACUGCACCUGAGCCCCCCAGGUGUCAACAGAAAGUGACCACACCACCUGUCAUAGUCUCCUCCAUGGACCAUACUGCACCUGAGCCCCCCAGGUGUUCACAGACAGUGACCUCACCACCUAUUAUAUUCUCUGUGGACCACACUGCACCUGAGUCCCCCAGGAGUCAACAGAAAGUGACCUCACCACCUGUCAUUGUUUCCUCCAUGGACCACACUGCACCUGAGCCCCCCAGCCCGCAGGCGAAGCCAGUGGCUGCAGAUGAAGCUCCGUCCCCUCCAUCUGCCAUUGUCAACGUCACAGAGAGGAAGAAUGAAGAAGAUGCAGCCGAAGAGGAUGGAUUCCCUGGAAGUGACUUCCUGUUUGCCGCUGAUGUGGUGCAGGGGGAGGAGUCUGUCCCCACCGAGGACGGAGGUCCGUCUCCUACUCUAGUCCUGCAUCAGGGUCCAGUCUUCCCCCACCAGAACCAUGGCGUGCUUCCUGUCCACCAUCAGGACUCGGUGGCAAGGGUUGAUGAUGACCUAGUGAAGCGUCUGGUGUUGCGGGUGGAGCAGCAGCUCAUGUCAAGGAUGAUCUCUGACCUCUACCGGCCCCCUCCACCAUACCCACCACAUCCCCCUGAUCCUGAGCACAAUGACAUCAUGGACCAAUCAGAGGUCGAGGGGAGUCUCACCUCAGACAUUGUCGAGGCAGCCGGCGGUGGGGGUCUGCAGCUCUUUGUAGACGCCAACGUGCCCGUGGACUCGGGUUUAAUCAGGCAACUGGUUCAUGAGGUUCUGGCCGAGAUAGUGGCUCAGGUGCUUGGACAGAGGGAGGCUCCAGAUCCUGGACCAAGAGCAGGGGCAGAACCACCUCAACCAGAACCACACACAGCUGAUGAAGAGAAAGUGCUUUCUCUGGUUCCCACGCCGGUACCAACCCCUGUGCUGAGUCCUGUUCCAUCCAUCAGAGACCCCCUCCUUCUGGACACACCCACUUCAUCAGAACCAGCAAGCCUGCUGAUUGAGGAUUUCUCACAUCCAAUCACAGCACCAGAGCCUAUAGCCACGCCCACCCCCAGCCCUGAGCCCAUCUCUUCUGCAGAAACUCCUCCUGCUGUCCGUCAAGCCACACCCUGCCUAUCCUUGGUGGACACUGAGCUGCCAUUGGAAGAGGAGAGGCCAGACGAGCACCCGAAUGCACACACAAAGCCACUGGUGGCGUCAACAGAAGAAGAACAACAACCCCUCCCUUUGGCUCCACCCCCUCCCCAGGCCGACCCACAGUCCCCCUCCAGUGUUUCUGAUGAUGGAAGCAGCAGUACAACGACAGGAAGUGAUAUAGCACUCAAACUGGUCUCAGAGGGAGAGCUGCUGAUCAGUUUCAACCAGCCGGACGCCAUGACGGAGGAGUGCAGUUUGUCUAGCUCUCUUCAGGACAUGGACCUUGAUCCGCCCAGUGAGGGGCAGGUCAAAGGUUGUAUGUCCCAGAUGCAGGCAUGCAGGCAUGCAGGCACACAUACGCUACAAGAAGAAAGACCACAGGGUGUGUGGAGGAGGGAGGAUGAGCUAAGUGUGGGGGAGGUGCCUCAUGCUCAUAGGGAGUGCGUCAAAUCAACAACACCUGAACAAGUGGCACAGAUCACUCCAUGUGCAGCAGACGCCACAAAUGACAGCCUCAACAUGACCUCUGACCUCCACAGUCAGCCGUCUCCAUCUCGGGUGUCACCACUGGAAGACACACAUACAGCAGGACAGGUGAUCCAGUUCAGAGGGUUGAGCACCACACAAACAGGCCAACAGGAAGUCAGCAGCAGUACAUGUGUCCCACCAGAGAAGAUAUCUUCAGAUGACUCCAGUGAUUUGUUUUAGUGCAUCAUGCUUCUGCUGCUUCUUGGAGGUUUAUCAUCGUCGUCAUCAUCAUCAAACAAGCAAAAAAGGGAUAUAUCAGCAAGUAAAUAGGCUUCCAACACGGAUGCUUUGUGAUUAAAAAAAAAAUACAUUAAGAACACAGUUGGACUCACGAAGUGUAUUAAUAACAUGACGUACGCUAACCAGGAAAUGUAUGCGAAACUGGGCAAUAUUUUGACAUAAUUUUUUUUUUACACAAAUCGGGGAGGACUAACUGAAGUUCCACUAGGUGUGUUUGCGCGCGCGCGUGUGUGUGUGUGUGUGUAUGUAUGUAUGUAUGUAUGUGUAUAUAUAUAUAUAUAUAUAUAUAAAUAAAUAAUUUCCUCACUUUAACUUUUACAACUUCUGCACGAUUUAGGUCUCUUCCUGUACUGUGUCACACUCUAAACAUUUCCCCUGCAAUUUGUGCCAACUCGGAACAUCCACACUACAAUCCCAUUGUAACACUAUUAAUAAGACCUAAGUAAAAUUCACCAAGUCUAAGAAUUUGAAAUAAAGACAUAGGGCUGGAAAAGCUCCAUAAAUGGAGGUCUGGUCAACCCCGAACACACAGCACGGUGGUGUUCAAUAUUACGAUAGUCAAGGUCUCACAUUUUAACCCAAAUUUAAGUUCCAAACGUCACAGUAAGAUUUACAUAUCUGGCGUAAGAUGUUCUGAGUAAAAAAGCUAUGCUAACAUUUAGAAGCACUGAUCUGUAUACUGUAUCUGGAUAGCUCAUUGGCGAUGACUUGUGAAGCCACACGGCUGCCAUAUUGCCACUCGCAAGAAACACUUCUCGGACAAGCUUUUGCGUUCGUGGUGAACUUCUUUUAUUAAUUCGGAUUGGACACAAAUUUCGACUUAAGAUGCCUGCAUGUGCAGCUAUUAACGGCACAAAUCGCCAGUUCAAAGGCUGUGGACGAACAUUUCACCUGUAAGUAUGAUUGAAAUGUAGAUUUAUGACUGAUAAUUUAAGGGUUUUGCACUGUCGAUCUCUCAGAUAUUUUCGAUCGUGUAAAAUUCCUCUGAUUAAAUGUAUGUCCAGAAUUGAUACGUUUAUAUAGCUCUACAAUAGCUAAGAGGAAAUUUACCUACUUUUUUGUUAAAUCAUGAUAUAUGUAUUUUUUUUUUAGGGACGAAGGUUGCGUUACUUGAAGGAAUGGAAGAAUCUCAGUGCUUCCAUGAUGCUUGCCAGGCAUUGUAUACAGUGCAGUUAGCAAGCCAGUUUGCAUACAAUUGACCCGGCAUAACAUAUUUAAUUAAUUAUCUAAUGAUGUAUUUAUUUAUUUAAUUUGGGCACUUUUAAUCCUCCAUAUUCAUUUGGAUAAACAACCUUUUUUUUUUUUUUUUUUUGCUGCUGGAUGACUGACGUAAAAGAAAUCAUUCAUAUGAUAUGUUCUGGAAAAUAAUAUUACUGAACAUGCUAAUGGUUGUUCUCUCCAAAACAUACCGGUAUCAUUUCAUUGUACAAUUAAUGUGCCAUAGUCUGUUCAGUUGUCAAGAAUAUACUGUAACACCAUGGAUACCAUAUAUGAAUCUCUCGGAACAUUACAUAAAUAGAUGAUUUGACCGUCAGGUGAAACUAGAACGCGCACUGUGAGAAUGAAUCUGGGACCAGACAGACAGCAGUGUAUGGACGCCCAGGAGGGCAAGGACGGCGACCAGGGAAGAAGUGUCAGUUGUGAAACUCCAGCUUUAUUUCCAGCACUGUAGGCAACAUAAUUUCCCUAGUUUUCUGUAACAUUUCCUUGGCAUGCACUCGUACUACUGUCUGAUGUCAAACCUCGGAUUGCGACUGUAAAAUCUUAAAAAAAUAAAAUAAAAUUCAGUUUUAUACACAAUUGUGUUAGCUAGACAAAAAAUGAGUACAGUAACCAUUGUGAAUGGAGGACUGAGCUAAGACUGAGAGAUAUGGAUAUUUCAAUGGUCCUCUGUCAUAGUGACAAAACAUCCAAACAUUUUGGCUUGCAGUGCUACACAAUGCCAAAGGGACGUUGCAUUUUGGGGGCACUGACAAUUUAGUGAGCUAUGGUGUUGUGCUGAACUGCAAGACAGUUUGGCAAAAUGAUCUAGGAGUGUUGAGAAUGGAAUUUCUGUUUCAAGAAAUGAGCCAAACCAAUGGAGGAAAACUGUAAUAACUUGUGGAACUUUUUGCUUUAACCUCCGGCAUAUUUGUCCAGGUAAGAUCACGAGACUUGUUCAGAACAUCGUCAUUCUUUUUGUCCAAAUAUGUGAUUGGAGCUCAUUUGUCAUCUCAGGCAAAGUUUUGCAUGCUUUUAUAUUUUUAUUGCUUAUAAGCCCAUCUCUACUAUCCUAUUAAACUCUCUU